AUGUCUAACAGCUUCAUUCUUUGCGAUUUAUUGUUUACAUGCUGUAGUAGCGCCACCUAGCGUUAGCCUUGCACGGGUUUUUAGAGGGUCUUCUUUUUUUUUUUUUUUUUUUUGUCUUACCCCCACUACUAAACCAACACUCCUGAACGGUCCGGUCGCCGCUCUCGAGUCAUUAUGCGUUUCCGUGCUCAAGCCUUCGCACGUCUCCUGGACUUUAGAAUUUAAAUCGUUAUAAGAACAUUGUAGGCGCCCACGCUUGAAGCAUGCCUAAGAGGAAAUAUAAAACUGAAGACGAAAUUCGUCGCAAGAUUCUAAAGUUACAAGAAAAACUGGCAAGAAGGACUAACGAACAGGAACAUUACUGUUCAUCCGAAGAAAAUUUUAACGAUGUGCCGUAUUCGGAAACACCUUACACUGAGUUGUUACCGUAUUAUUGCCAACCUGAAUGGGACACAUCCGAGGCACAAUCGCCACAGCCGACAGCGCCCUGUCUGUCGACGGCGCACUCAGCUACGUCACGACAGCCGUCACCGCAUUCCGCCGAGGUGGACAACCAGCCGCAGCCAGUCUUACAGUUGUCGCCGCAACCUGUCUCACAGUUACCACCGCAACCUGCCUUGCCGUUGCCACAAAAUCCAGGUACAUCAGGUGAAAAUCAACCAGAUGAUUUGCAACUUGAUGACGAUAUUCUUCAGUUACUAGGCGAUGCCCCAAGGGAAGAAACCCCUAUGGGACCGCCUAUUCAUAAAGAUAUCGCCAGUCGAUGGCAAAAUAUUCUUGCCAAAGGCCUCACAAAGGAACUAAAGGAAAGUCUAACUAAAGAAUAUCUGAUUCCUAAUAAUUGUGACCUUUUGUUGGCCCCGACUCUCAACCCGGAAGUUAGGGUGGCUUUACAUGACCCCCUGGUAAAAAGAGACACGUCACUACUGUACAAGCAAAAACAACUGGGUAUCGCCUUGUCCGCUUUAGCUGCAGUAACUGAGAUGGUCCUUGCAAACGAGACUUCUAAACAAAAACUAUUGAAACCUCUCAGUGAUGCUUGCCGCAUUCUCUGCGACAGCCAUUUUACAGAGACUAGAACCCGCAGGGUCAUAUCGUCUAUUAACGCAAAAUUAAAACAGACUCUGAUCGACUCCAAUAGGGACAAGCUGUUGUUUGGAGAAAAUGUUUCGGAAAAAUUGAAGGCAGCAAAAACUAUUCAGCAGUCUGGCGAAGCAUUAAAGAAUAAUCCCCCUAAACCCAGAUAUAAUCGUCCGAAUAUUCAGUCAACAAUUGCAAAUAGGGGUAAUUUAAACUUCGUGCCCCAACACCGCAAGACGGACACGAAGACCAACAACCGUCGAGCCCCUGCUUACCCGCAGAGGCAAAUGUCGCACAACAACAGUACGCGACGCCACAACGAUCGCGAUCGCGACCGCGCAACGACGACAUCGAGGACAGCGGGAGGACAUCACCGGAAGUAG